AUGCGCAGUGCAUCGCCGUCAGACGAAUCGUCUGGCCCAAGCACGCCACCAGAGGCCUCGCCUCUGGCUACUAUGCAUGCGAAAGGCGAUUCAUGGAAGGAGCCACAUACUUUUCAUACGCUGGAAAUGCAGCGUCGUUUUAUGAAGCCUUCGACGCACGGCUGGGAUGUACCAGCAUUGCGUGACAUCUCUCGUCCUCAUAUCGAAAGCUUCAACGCGCUGUGGGCCGAGAAUCCCUCUGUAGAUGCCCCCGGCCAGGCUGACAAGCUUGGCGUGGAAGGCGCAGGCCUGUUGGAGCGCAGUCUGCAGACACUUGCGCCGCGCGUUGUCUUUGAUGGGCGCGGUGCCUCGGAUGGCGAGCGUGGCAACCGACUGGAGAUUCGCAUCGACUCUGUAUCUCUGAGCCGUCCCAUGGUACCCGACCGUGCGAAGAAUGCGCUGGACCGCCGUGUGUACCCAGACGAGUGCCGCAAUCGCCUGGUUUCAUAUCGCGGUCGCCUGACGGCGCGCAUAACAUGGAGCGUGAACUAUGGACCUGAGCAGAGCGAGAUUCGUGAUAUGGGGCAGGUCCCUGUUAUGGUCGGCUCUAACCGUUGCAACUUGCGUGGCAUGUCGUCGGACGAGCUGAUUUCCCACCACGAAGAGCCGAACGAGAUGGGCGGCUACUUUAUUAUCAACGGUAACGAGCGUCUGAUCCGUUUCCUCAUAUUGUCGAAAGCGAACCAUGUCAUGGCGCUGGAGCGUCCGUCCUUUACACGCCGUGGCCCGAGCUACUCAUCCAAGGCAUGCUCGAUUCGAUGUGUGGGUCGCCAUGACCUCAUGAGCAUUACAAAUUCUGUACACUAUUUGGAGAAUGGCGGUGUGACUCUGCGUUUCAGCUGGCGCAAGCAAGAAUACAUGGUACCAGUCGUGAUGGUUCUUAAAGCCCUUGUGAGUGCUACAGACAAGGAGAUCUUUUCAUCCAUUGUACAGACAGACACAGACAACACUUUCCUGACAGACCGUGUUGAGCUGCUUUUGCGUGGAUUCAAGCGGUAUGCGUUGUGGACGGGUGAGCAGUGCCUAGAGUACCUCGGUGACAAAUUCCGUGUGGUCAUGCGUGCACCGGAAGACUGGAGCAAUGCGCAGGUGGGCGAAGAUUUGAUCAACCGUCUCGUACUGCCGCAUCUCGAUAUGCCGCGCGACAAGUAUCGCUUGCUAGUGUUCAUGAUCCGCAAGCUGUACGCAUUUGUGGCUGGCGAAUGCUGUGCGGACAACCCGGAUAGCCCACAACACCAAGAAGUGCUCAUGCCGGGCUUCUUGUACGGUGCCAUCAUCAAGGAGCGCCUGGAUGAGUACCUGAUUGGCGUGCGUACGGCCAUUGCGCGUGAUGUGCGCAUGCAGGCCAAGGAGUGUGACUUUUUCGACAACCGAUAUAUCCAGCGCAUGCUUGCCAAAGUAAAUGGCGAUGUAGGCGCACGACUUUCGUCGUUCCUAGCGACUGGUAAUCUCUCGUCGCCGUCCGGUCUUGAUUUGCAGCAGGUCGGAGGUUUCACCAUCGUGGCGGAGAAACUCAACUUUUACCGUUACCUCUCGCACUUCCGAAGUGUGCAUCGUGGUGCCUUCUUUGCUGAGCUCAAGACUACGACCGUGCGUAAGCUGCUGCCCGAGGCCUGGGGUUUCCUGUGCCCUGUACACACGCCCGAUGGUAGUCCAUGUGGUCUGCUGAACCACUUUUCGCACACGUGCCAGCUGACGACGCGUGAUGAGGAUGUGUCACAGAUUCCUGCUCUGCUCACCUCGCUGGGUAUGACCGAAAUUGUCGCCGCCCAGAUCAGUCCACGCACGCACGUGAGUGUGCAGCUGGACGGUCUGCUGAUUGGAUCUGCGACGCCUGCCAUUGCACGGCAUAUGGCCACGGUGCUGCGUGUAUGGAAGACAGAGGGACUGCACAACGUUCCGCUGGACCUCGAAGUAGGCUUUGUGCCCACGAGUCAUGGUGGUCAGUACCCAGGUCUGUAUCUGUUCUCUGGUCGCUCGCGUAUGAUGCGGCCCGUGCGGUACCUGUUCAAUGGACGAGAGGAUCAUGUCGGCCCAUUCGAGCAGGUGUACCUGGACAUUGCCUGCCGUGCGCCAGAGAUUGAGAAGGGCGUGUCUACGCACGUCGAAGUCGCACCGACCAAUGUGCUGAGUGUGAUUGCGAACCUGACGCCGUUCUCUGACUUUAACCAAAGUCCGCGUAACAUGUACCAGUGCCAGAUGGGUAAGCAAACUAUGGGUACGCCCAGCGGUGCGAUUGCUCGACGUACGGACAACAAGUUGUACCGCCUGCAAAGUGGGCAGACGCCAGUGGUGCGUCCAGCGCUGCACAACAAGUACGCGAUUGACGACUUCCCGAACGGUACCAAUGCGAUUGUCGCUGUGAUUUCUUACACAGGGUACGAUAUGGAAGAUGCGAUGAUUCUGAACAAGUCGGCGCAUGAGCGUGGCUUUGGCUAUGGCUCUGUGUACAAGUCAGAGGUCGUGAAUCUCCGCGACUUGGUCGGCGGUGGACGAAGCGGCGGUGCGCUACCUAUUCACUUUGGCUUUGGCCCUGAUAUCCGCUCGGACGAUGCGCGUCGCGAGCAGCUGGACGUGGACGGCUUGCCGUUUAUCGGCACGUAUGUGACCAAGGGCCAGCCCAUUUACGCGUGCUACAACGAAUCGACAGGCCGCACGAUCGUGAAGCGGUACAAGAGUGACGAGGCCGCGUACGUCGACACUGUUCGUGUGAUCGGUAGCGAUGCUGGCGAUCAAGAGUGCCAGCGUGUGCAGAUCAUGUUCCGUAUCCCACGUUCGCCGGUCAUUGGUGACAAGUUCUCGUCGCGUCACGGUCAAAAGGGUGUGUGCUCACAGAAAUGGCCUGCGGUAGACAUGCCGUUCAGUGAGAGCGGUAUGCAGCCGGAUGUGAUUAUCAACCCACAUGCGUUCCCCAGUCGUAUGACCAUCGGUAUGCUUAUCGAGAGCAUGGCGGGCAAGGCCGGUGCGAUGCAUGGCAUUUCGCAGGAUGCUACGCCCUGGACAUUUAACGAAGAUGACACGCCCGUAUCGUACUUUGGCGAGCAGCUCAAGGCGGCGGGCUACAACUACAUGGGCAACGAGCCAAUGUACUCUGGCAUUACCGGCCAGGAGCUGCGCGCGGAUAUCUACCUGGGUGUCGUGUACUACCAGCGUCUGCGUCACAUGGUGAACGACAAGUUCCAAGUGCGUACGACCGGUCCUGUGCAUGCGCUUACGCGCCAACCCGUCAAGGGCCGUAAGCGGGCGGGUGGUAUCCGAUUCGGUGAGAUGGAGCGCGAUGCGCUGUUGGCGCACGGCACGUCGUUCCUGCUGCAGGACCGUCUGCUCAACUGCUCUGACUACACGACCGCGUACGUGUGCCGCACAUGUGGCAGUCUCAUCUCGCUGAGCUACGACGAGGCGGCAGGUCUCUCUGUGCCUGGCCUAGGUACGGUCCAGACGAUUGAGCGUGGCGCUUCUACGACGCCGCUGGGCCCGCAUGGCGAAUACUGUCGCGUGUGCCGUCGUGCAUCUGAAUCCAAGGUGGUGCAGGAGGCGGCAGCUCCUCGCUCGGCACGCCAUGUCGUGCCGCGCUCGCAUGUGUUAGGCCGCGCGGGCGAUCUCGAUGUGAUUGCUGUGCCAUAUGUGCUCAAGUACCUUGUCGCAGAGCUGGCUGCGAUGGGCCUGCGCAUGAGUUUCACAAUCGCACCAUAG